CUUAGUUGUAUCCUCGUGAUUCCCAACUGUAAAGCAGCUGUCAUCAGCUCCCCCAUUCCAUUCCUUCCCUCACGUAGUCUCCGCAUCUUUACCCCUGUCGGUCUCAAACAACAGUCUACUCUACUCCAUUCCACCACCGCCACCCCACCACCAAAUCAAAACCUCAAACACCGCCACUCUAUCACUCCUCAGAGACAGAGCAAAAACCCACAUUAGGAGAGAGAGAACCCAGAAAAAAUUUUAAAAAUGCACAUCCACGCCAAGACCGAUUCAGAGGUGACAAGCCUGGCCACCUCCUCGCCCCCGAGAUCCCCGCGCCGCCAACACUACUACGUCCAGAGCCCCUCGCGCGACUCGCACGACGGCGAGAAGGCCACCACGUCAUUCCACUCCACCCCCAUCAUCAGCCCCGCCGGGUCCCCCCCGCACUCCCACUCCUCCGUCGGCCGCCACUCCCGCGAGUCCUCCUCCAGCCGAUUCUCCGGCUCCCUCAAGCCUGGGUCCCGCAAGAUUUCCCCCAACGACGCUGUCUCCGGCGGGAGACGGAAGGGGGAGAGGAAGGAGUGGAAGGAUUUCGACGUGAUCGAGGAGGAAGGGCUCUUGGAUGAUGAGGAGGCGAGGAGAGGCGGCCGGAGGCGGUGCUAUUUGCUGGCUUUUGUUGUUGGGUUCUUUGUGCUGUUCUCUCUGUUUUCUCUCAUCUUGUGGGGCGCUAGUAAGCCGCAAAAACCGAAGAUCACCGUGAAGAGCAUUACAUUCGAGAAUCUCCUGGUUCAGGCCGGUUCGGAUUUCACGGGGGUGGCAACUGAAAUGAUCACGAUGAACUCGACGGUGAAACUCAACUUCCGCAACACGGCUACGUUUUUCGGGGUUCAUGUUUCAUCAACACCUGUGGAUCUGUCAUAUGAUCAGAUUACAAUCGGAUCUGGAACGAUAAAGAAGUUUUACCAAUCAAGGAAAAGCCAAAGAUUGGUAUCUGUCUCAGUGAUGGGAAAAAUGAUUCCUCUGUACGGGAGCGGAGCGAGUUUGAGCAGUUCGUCGGGGAUGACAACGUUGCCGGUGCCAGUAAAACUGAACUUCGUUGUUCAAUCGAGAGGAAACGUUCUGGGUAAAUUGGUCAGUCCAAAGUUCCACAAGGAGAUCGAGUGCUCCAUCAAUUACGACCAGAAAAAGCUCAACGUUCCGAUUUCUCUCAAGGAUUCAUGCACAUACGAUUAGCGAAUACAGUUUUAUUUGACGAACUGUCUCCUUUAUUUCUUCAGUGAAUAAAGAGUUCCAUUCCCUGGUGUGUGGGAAAACAGGAUGGAUUUUGGUAGUGCCUUUUUGUGAGCCAUUAGCUCCCCCAGAAACCAUAGAGUGAUAAAUGUAUUUUCUUGCUUAACACUGUAAUUCAUUUAAUAGUUCAUUACCUUAUUUACAAGAAGAAACCAGCUUUGAUUUCGCUAUUUGGUUAAAA